UCUUUUAUUAUUAAAACAAUUAAGUGAUGCUGAACGUGAUGGCGAUCCAAUUGAAGCUAAUUGUUUAGAUCGAUUCUUUAAUCAAUCAAAUCUUGAUAUACCAUUAUUAUUAGAUUUAAUUAAAAGUAAUUUAGGACAUACAGAAGGUGCAGCUGGUGUAGCAUCACUUAUUAAAGUUGCUAUGUGUAUGUAUCAUCGUGGCAUUACAGCAAAUAUACAAUUUACUUCACUUAAUCCUAAAAUAGAUGCACAAAAAUAUAAUCUACAUAUUGUUCAAAAUUUUAUACCAUUUCCAUCCGUUUCAAAUAAUGACAAAAUAGCUAUUGGUGUUAAUUCAUUCGAAACGGUUGGUUCAACGACACAUUCUAUUAUUGAAGAAUAUCAACCAAUAAAUAAAACAUCAAUUCAAAAUGGUCAUAUCGAUGAUGGAAAUCAUAUUAAAAGCAAACAAUAUUUUAUUUUUAUUUUUUCAGAACGAAUCAAUGCUUUUCUUACUGAACAAGCAUCACCAAGCCUUUCAAUCAUAUCACGUCCAACAAAAUCAUUAGCACAGAAAAUAUGUUUUGUUUUUAGUGGACAGAGUCCACAAUGGUGGGCUAUGGGUAGACAAUUAUAUGAAAGUGAACCUUUAUUUAAUAAAUGGAUUAAUUUAAUUGAUGGUGAAAUGACAAAAAUUAAUGCUGGUGAAUGGAAAUUGUUAGAAGAAUUAAUUGAAAAGAAAAAUGAACAAGAAUCUCGUAUUAAUAAUACAAAUAUUGCUCAACCAAUAUUAUUUAAUAUUUAUCCAUCAUCUAUAAUAUCACAUAGUGCUGGUGAUCAAGCAGCUGUUUUUGUUGCUGGUCGAUUAACUUUAGGAGAAACUGUUCGUAUUGAACAUUUGGCUUGUAUUGCUGUUGUUAAUAGUCCUCGUCGAGUAACAAUAAGUGGUGAUGAAAAAACUAUUGAUGAAAUACAACAAAUUCUUUCCAUAUCUUAUCCAAAUGUAUUCAAAGCACGUCUUCGUAUUGAAAAUGCAUUUCAUUCAUAUCAAAUGAAUCGAUUCGAUAUUGAACAAGAAAUGCUUUCAUUAUUGAAAGAUAUUCGAGGACUUCCAAUACAAGACCAAAAACAAAUCUUCGAUCCAAUAUGUGCAAAAGCAAAACUUUAUUCAGAUGUUACUGAUGAUAAAAUCAAUGAUAAUAUACCAGUUGAUAGUCAAAUUUUAGCACAACUUACAACAUUAUCUCAAGUAUGGCAACAAUAUUUUCAUACUCGUCAAAUUUCACCGUUGAAAAAUCAUGAAGAAUAUUUGGCUAAUUUUCCAUUAUAUAAAUUUCAUUUGAGUCCAUAAGAUAUAACAAGUGCUUAUGUACAUCUUUCAACACGUGCUUAUCAAUAUGGAUCUAGUUUUGAAAAAAUCAAAACAUUAUGUGGUACUUCAACUACAAUUAUAUCUCAAUUAUCAGAUGAUAAUAAUAAUUGUUCAUCUUAUUAUUUACUUCAUCCAUAUCUAGUUCUAUUACCAGGUAUUGAAACAAAAUUUCUUCCAGUACGUAUUCAAAAAUUUAUUUAUUCAAGUAAAACGAAAACAAAGAUGAGUCAAUCAACAAAUGUUGAAGUACGUGGAAAGUAUCAUGAUAAUAUAUGUGGUAUAGGUCAAGAAGAAAUAUAUAAUCUUGAUUUAUGGAUAUAUCCAAUGGAUAAUAAAAUAGAAGAAACAAUAUUUACAUUUCAAAGUAUUGUUAUUCAAGAAGUUGAAGAUGUAAAAUCUAGUCGAUGGUGA